GCUGGGUGGAGCGUACGUGCGCUUACACAAUGUGUAUGCCGAUGCUGAUUUACUGCCGUAAGCUUGCCUCCUGUCGCUGGGUCCGCAGGAUUCGUGCCGAUGCAGGGAAAAUUAGAUCAGUCGGCGUGCAGACAGCGGGACUUGAUACACGUUCGCAGAACCGAUUCGCACUUGCCUCGAGCUGGUUCACUACCACCUCGCUGGUUCACUACCACCUCAGAAUUCAAGUGUUAAAGUUCUAGUGAAAAUCCUUUUUUCUGUGAGCGACGAUUUUUAGAAACAAGGAUGUUACUGACGAUUCUCGUGGCAGGGCUCGUCUGCGCUUCGACAAGCGCGGAGAUCCUCGAGACGGUAGCGCAAUGGCCACUUCUAGAUUUCGCACUUCCGUACGACAGGGAGUUUCUUAAUCAGUAUCGUCCAGAGAAUGUAGUACCAACGGGACUUGAAAUCGGUUGGGACAAGGUCAUCAUCACCGUACCAAGGUUGCGUGCUGGUGUCCCGUCUACUCUGAACUAUAUUCCGAGGAAUCUGCCACUGGAAAGCAGUCCUCAGCUACGCGCGUAUCCGUCUUGGGAGUGGCACUCGGCUGGCGUAGGCGAUUUCAACUGCACGAAGCUGAUCUCGGUGUACAGGUCGAGGAUGGACAGAUGCAACCGUCUCUGGACCAUCGACAGCGGUGUGGUAACGUCGAUUGACGACUUCCGGCCGGUUUGCCCGCCGAAAAUAAUGGUGUUCGAUAUGAAGACUGAUCAGCUAGUGCGACAGUACACAUUCCCACGCGAGGUUUUGAGACCAAAUACGUUGUUGACGAACGUGAUUAUUGAUGAGACUUCAGCGACAACCUGUGACGAUGUAUUCCUUUAUAUAUCUGACACUGCAGGACCCGGAAUAUUGGUGUUCGAUGGGGCCACGGAUAGAAGCUGGCGAGUGCUGCACUCAUCUAUGUAUCCAAAUCCAGAUUUUGGAACAUACAAUAUUGCUGGUGACAUGUUCGAAUUGAUGGACGGUGUGGUCGGUCUGGGUUUCUCCGGUAGACUCGGGACACUUUAUUAUCAGCCACUGGCGACGGACCGUCUGUUCAGCGUGCCAACCACGGCUCUUCAGGCUGGCCCGUUAGCAUUCGGGGAACAAUUGCCGGUGACUUUGGUGGGCAAGAAGUCCAGUCAAGGCCUUGCCCUGUCCGUUGACCCCCGCGACGACACGAUUCUCUUCGCGCCGCUCACAGAAACGGCGAUCGCCGCAUGGCAGCCGCGUACCAAUCAACAGAGGAUCUUAGCGUACAGUCCGGAGAAACUGCAGUUCGUGGCCGAUAUUCGGUGGGCCGAUCGCGACAAUGGUCAUUUCUGGUUGCUGUCUAGCAGAUUCCAAAAAUUCUACAGGCGGGAGGUGAACGCGCGCGAGGUCAACAUUCGGAUUACGAGGCUGAUGCCUUUGCAGCAUCCAUUGAAAUCUACGAUUCUUAACUCGUUCACUCAAUCCUAUUUUCCACAAAACUACUACAAUAACACGUUAAGACAGUUUGAUUCGUUCUCACAAAUAAACGUAAAAUUGCUUGCAGGAUUAAGUAUUGUAUCAGUAAUGAUUCUGUUAUUGUUCAGUUUGAGGAUGAGGCAACUCAACAUAGUAAUUCUGUUGCUGGCGGCAGUUGUCACCUCAGCUCACGAGAAGCUGAGGAAUAUUUACUCGUGGAAGGCUUUAGAAUUUGCGUUUCCGGACGAACAUGCUAGAUUGAUAGCCAUAAAAACUGGCGCUUUCAUACCUGGCGCUCCGCUACCUAUUGACGUUGAUGUAUAUAAUGGAGAACACAAGUCAACUGUGUUCGUGACCAUCCCACGAUUCCAGGACGGCGUGCCAGUGACCCUGGGUUAUGUCACCGAUCAAGUAUCUGCCGAUGGGAACCCCGUAAUCGCGCCGUAUCCCAACUGGAGAUACAAUCUUAUAGGAGACUGCGAUGGAAUCACCAGCGUUUAUAGAGUACAGAUCGAUGAAUACAAUCGAUUAUGGGUGCUCGAUACGGGAGUGCUUGGAGCGAAGAGAAUAUGCGAACCGAAGCUUCACGUGUUCGACUUACAUGAUAAUAAACGAAUCGCUUUUCACACAUUUCCCCGUGAACAAUUCAAAGAGGAUUCCCUUUACGUCACCGUGGCUGUAGACGUCCGAGACGGUUGCCAGAACACGUUCGCCUACGUAGCCGAUGUAACAGGAUUCUCAUUGCUCGUUUAUGAUAUGCAAAAUUCGAGAUCGUGGAACAUCGUCAAUAAUCUGUUCUACCCUUACCCACCGUACGGUACUUUCAAUAUCAAAGGCGAUACGUUUGAUCUGAUGGACGGAAUCCUGGGCCUUGCGUUGGGUCCGAUUGAAAAUAACGACAGGAUACUCUACUUUCAUUCGUUGGCUAGCAGAAUCGAGUCUUGGGUGCCUACUUCUGUUAUUAGGAAUCAUACGACGUUCAAAGAGAAUUCCGAGGCCGCCGCAAGAUCGUUCGUUCCCUUCGAGCAAGAGAGAUCCUCGCAGUCCGCCGCCGAGGCCAUGGACCGCGAUGGUGUUCUUUUCUUUGGAUUGAUGUCCGACCUGGCGAUUGGAUGUUGGAACAGCAAGCAUUAUCCUGAGUACGGCGGCAAGAAUAUUGAGAUAAUUGUGAAAGAUCCGGAAACUCUACAAUUUCCUUCAGGCAUGAAGGUAGUAAAAUCGAGAAAAGGUAAAGAAGAGCUGUGGGUGAUGACGGCUUCCUUCCAAAGGUACAUGAGCGGCUCGUUGCAUCCAAACGAGACUAAUUUCCGGAUUUUGGCUGGCUUCGUGGAUGAAUUGGUUCGCGGGACCAAAUGCGAUGUAGGUGCUUUGAAGGCACACUUCCCCUUUAGUCAAUGAGAGUCCUGGCACCACGAGCAUUUGUCUAAUGAUUAUUAUUAUUAUCAUUGGCCGUCCUGGCGAUGUUCGAUUUUUGAUAAAUCGUUCGUUCAGAGAAAUCACCAUUUCUAUCAUUCUCGGCCAUACCUGAGAGACCACUGGCGUUAUCUUCGAUGUCCUUUCUGGUUGAGGUCCCAGGAUUAUUUGUGGUGCAACAAUAGAAGGUUCUAAUAUUUGUCAGAUGAAAUAAUUUCAGAAUUUAUUUGUAACCAUUUUGCGAGUCUGUUCGUGGUGCUGAAGGUAUUACUGGAUCUUUUUAUGGAUUCAUGAAUUAAACUUAUGACACAAUUUCAUUUUUGUGGAAUCGAUGAUAGGAUUACUGAAAAUGUUCCUAAAUAAUUAAAUAUCGUACACGGUAGUUAUUUCAAGUACUGUAUAUACAUAUAUUAUGUUAAGUAUUAUCGUUAUAAUAAUUCUACUGAACUGUUAUGAUUGUUACAUAAACAUGUUAAGAUCGAAUUGUAAAAUACUAAUUUAUUUUUCUCUGUUACUGUGAGAUACGAAUAAAAGUAAGUGGAAAAUUUUGUUUCUAAAAAUGGCGAUCUUACUCACGUCCUUUUCACAGUACACAGUUUUUAUCUAAACUGUUUCCGUUUAUUUGUUAACGUAUACUUAAAAUUGUUUUGCAAUACUUUCUUC